ACAAGUGCAAAUACAAUCAGCAAUAUGCGACAAAUAAACUUUAUAUCAAAUCAGGCAGGUUUAAAAAAGAAAAUUUUGAGAUUUCCCUGAUUUGAAAUAAAUGUAUCGCUUAAAAAAACGUAAAGUCAUGAUCCUUAUUUCAUCUUGACGUUUUUCCCAUUGGCAGUUCAGUUCCAAUCCGUGCUGAUAGCUCAGUGAUAGUCAAGUACAGGCCUAAUCACGGGUUGGAAUGUAAAUUAUUUAACAGAAACUUUUCAUCCUAUGUUUGUAUUUUAUCUAGGGUUUCCUAUUUCUUCUAGAUUUAUUUGGAUCCUAAUUUUGUAAAUUUAGGACGUCUAUUCGGUUAGAAAUAAGAAUAAAUUUCUACCUCCAAUGCUACAAUGCGCUAGGUGUGACGGGCGGAAAAAAGUUUAACGGACCAUUAUUCCGGAUGAAUUCCAUAUGGAAUAUCAUCCCGUUAACUUUUUUCAACUUGACACAACAAAGCUUUGUGUGGCAUCUAGGGCCGAGGAAGUAGAUUUAUUUUAUAAAACGGUUAAAGGAGGUUCAUAAAUUUCCGAAAGAUGGUUCAUCAAGCUUCAGGAAACGUUCCGUAAGGUCUUUACGGAUCUAAACUAAUCCGGAAUUAAUCCGAAUCCCUAAAUCUGUCCAUAGGAUGAAAAAAAAUUAUCUCAAUUCGAUAAAUACUAAACUUGACUGGGAAAAUAAAAUUGAGAAAAGUUGAUGAAAUCCGGGACGAGACUUUAAAACGAAACAUCAUUACACAUUACACAAGUUCCUGAAAUCUUGGACUAGACUCAAAAAAUGAAAUAUUAGAAUAAAAAAACUGUAAGCGUUAUUUCAAGUGACCCUCCAAACAAUGUCCGAUUUACAACGGUACCCUUGAAACCUUAAUCUGAUAAAACAAAUGUGGAAUAUGUCUAAAAGUGUUAACUUCUGUUAAUAUCUACAUUGCUUCUUAUUAAUAAGAAAUGUAAGAAAAGUAACUUUCGCAGAGAAACCGCAAAUGAAAAUAAACAGUUAAAAGAAGCAAAAAUGUUGAUAUAUAAUUCAUAUUUGAUUAGGCAAAGCGUGCAAGGGUACCGUUGUAAAUCGGGCAUAUGCUAUCUUUGUAUGGAUUGUCAUUUGAAAUUACGCUUACAGUCGCUUUAAAUCCCAAAAAUCCAGGACUUAAUAGUAAAAAAAUCAAUUAAGUCCCUGAAAGCCGGACUGAUUCUUUGCACAGAAAUAUCCAAAACAUCAAACAUUUAUUUGAGAACUUUGCAAGAUUUGUCUUUUUGUUUCAAGCCGUUAAAGUAACUACAUGGUUUUUGAUCAGAAGUACGAGAUUGCAAGAUACCAAUUAUUGAGAAAAGGUUUUUUGACGAUACCAAACCCGAUUGAAAUUUUGACCACACAACCCUGAUCAGAAUAAAAAAAACCUUCUCAAUAUUUGGUAGCGGGACGAUCCUAAAAGUUGCAUUUUCAUUUGCAUUUGCAAUCCUGGAACUGCAAUUAUACAUCAAAGCGGCUUGGAAUUCAUUUACUUUGGAAAUUUCUCAUAUAAAAAACAAGGAAUUUCCUCUAAAAUCCUAGGUUAAGUUUUGGAUAUUUCAGAUAACGGAAAUGAGUCUAGUCCCGGAACUAUCAGGCUUCAUCUGUAUCCGGCUUCUAACUAAUCAUGUUCUAACCAUUUAUAGAGAUUUAACCAGAAACCUAGGGAUAGGAUAGAUUUUGCUAAUAUGUCAGAGGAGAACAUUAAAGCAUUCCUCUACAGUUGGUUAGGAACCAACAAGAAAGUUCAACCUGUGUACGAGGUCCGUCCUGCUGGGAAUAAGAACAGACAACGGUUUCUCUGUGAGCUCCGUGUGCCAGGAUUUGACUAUGUUGCCGCCGGAAACUCGACAAGUAAAGCUGAUGCACAGAGUAACAGUGCCAAGGACUUUGUUCAGUUUCUGGUUCGACAGGGUUUGAUGCAGAAUCAUGAGGUUCCAGCCGACUCCGGGAUUUCUCAAGCUCCGCCCGGAAUAGGUCUUGGUUUGACACGCUCAGCUCCGGUCUUUAAUGAAGGGUUUGAUCCGCACACUCUGGGUUCUGCAUACCAGCGGAGAGACAGGGAACCAGGGCAGGGGGACUUCAGGAAGGAUUUCCUGGAAGGGAUGGACAAGAAGAAGAUGGAAGAGGCAGAGGAUGUUGAUGUUAACGCGGGAAUCCACGGAAACUGGACGAUGGAGAACGCUAAGAGUAUGUUGCACCAGUUCUUUCAGCUGAGGAACAUUAAGACGGACUACAAGUACAGCAUGCAGGGCGGCAGUUUCGUGGCUGAGUGCUCUUUCUUCGUCAAGGAACUCUCUAGAAACCUAACAGGGAGGGAGGCGGGGAGCAACAAGCAGUCCGCCAGCAAAUCCUGUGCUCUCUCCUUGAUCAGGCAGAUGUUCCAUCUCGGGGUUAUAGAAGCUUUCUCCGGGUCCUUGAAAAGGAACAAGGACGUGGAGGAGCUCAAACCCUACGAUGUUAAGAUAAGCCCGGAGCUUGUAAAUCAAGUUGAAGAGGUUUUGAAAUCUUUAGAUAUGGCUCCAGUCCAGGUUGAAGGGCAUGAAGCAAGCGAGGAAUCCUUGUCUCUGAUCCCUGACAUCUCUCUUGAUCACAUGUUGCCCCCAACCACAGUCCUGGAUGCAGGGAUUGUCUCCUGGUCUCCUCCCAACCCUAACUGGAACCCCUGGACCGGAGCUAACAUUGACGAAGGUCCCCUCGCUACUGCAACCAUGGACGCAAUCAGUGACGACUUGAACCAGGACUGGUCGGAGCGGCAGAAAACCGACACCAACCUUCAGGAACUUCAGAAGAAAAGAUCCGAGCUGCCAAUCUUCAACAUGAAGAACGAGAUCCUCUCAACCAUCCAGGAGAGCUCCGUCGUCUUGAUCCGAGGAAACACUGGGUGUGGUAAGACAACACAAGUUUGUCAGUUUAUCCUUGAUGAUUAUGUCUCCAGUGGUCAAGGAGCAUACUGUAAUAUUAUCUGUACCCAGCCUAGGAGGAUAUCAGCAGUAUCUGUAGCGGAUAGGGUUGCGAGUGAGAGAACUGAAGAGCUUGGAUUAUCUAUAGGAUACACUGUUAGGUUUGAAUCCAUCCUGCCUAGACCUUACGGAGCUGUGCUGUUCUGUACUGUCGGAGUACUCCUCCGUAAACUGGAGGCAGGGCUCCGGGGUGUAUCCCACGUUAUUGUUGAUGAGAUUCACGAGCGCGAUGUUAACUCUGACUUUCUUCUUGUUGUGAUCCGAGACAUGGUUCACACAUACCCCGACCUUAGAGUUAUUCUUAUGUCCGCUACUAUUGAUACAACCCUGUUUUCAAACUAUUUCAACGGUUGUCCUGUGGUUGAAGUGCCGGGCAGAGCAUUCCCAGUCCAGGAAUAUUUCCUUGAGGACUGUAUUCAGAUGUCUAACUUUGUUCCUCCUCUCUCCUCUAGACCACAGAACAGGAAGAAUAGAAACAAGAAUGAUAAUGACGAAGAUGAAGAAGGGGUGGAUGAUGAUGAAGGAGAUUUGAACAAGAUUUGUUCCGACGACUACAGUCCGCAAACUAAGUCUGCAAUGGCAAGUAUGGGUGAGCGUGAGGUUCCGUUUGAGCUAAUUGAUUCACUCUUGGAGUACAUCUCUUCUCUCCAGAUACCUGGAGCAGUUCUUGUUUUCCUGCCUGGUUGGAGCCAGAUAUUCGGUUUAAUGAAACAUCUCCAGAUGCAUCCUCUAUUCGGAUCCGCGAAAUAUAGAAUCAUACCGCUCCACUCCCAGCUCCCUAGGGAGGAUCAGAGAGCAGCCUUCGAUCAUACACCGCAGGGAGUAACCAAGGUGAUUCUCUCAACCAACAUCGCAGAAACAUCUAUUACUAUCGAUGAUGUCGUUUACGUGAUUGAUAGUUGUAAGCAGAAGAUGAAACUGUUCACGUCGCACAACAAUAUGACGAACUACGCCACCGUCUGGGCGAGUAAGACAAAUCUGAAGCAGCGGCGUGGACGAGCUGGUCGUGUUCGACCAGGUUUCGCAUUCCAUCUGAUAUCUCGGGCUCGCUACGAUAAACUGGACGAACAUAUGACUCCGGAAAUGUUUAGAACUCCUCUUCAUGAACUCGCGCUCUCCAUUAAGCUUCUCAAGCUUGGUUCCGUAGGACAGUUCCUGUCUAAAUGUAUGGAACCUCCUCCCAUUGACGCCGUCAUUGAAGCCGAGGUUUUACUCCGUGAGAUGAGAGCUCUGGAUAAUCAAGACGAAUUAACUCCGCUGGGUAGGAUCCUGGCCCGGUUGCCUAUAGAUCCUCGUCUGGGUAAGAUGAUGGUACUUGGAGCUCUAUUCUAUGCAGGGGAUGCUCUGACUACGAUGGCAGCGGCGUCAGCAACAGGUUCCGAGAUAUUCAUGACAGACAUGACCAGGGGAAGGUUAAGUUAUCAACAGCGAAACUUCGCUGGAAAUCGUUGUUCUGAUCAUGUUGCCAUGCUCAACGCUUUCCAGUGUUGGGAGAAUGCUAGGCAGGGAGGAGAAGGUUCAGAAGUUAACUUCUGUGAUCAUAAAGGAUUAAAUAUGCCGACUAUGCGAGUGACCUGGGAGGCAAAGAACCAGCUGAAGACCCUGCUGGUCAGCUGUGGAUUCCCGGAGGAAUGUUUUAUCCCGCAGGAUUACAACUUCAACGGUCCUGAUCCUAAACUCGAUAUGGUGAUCGCUCUGCUCGCGAUGGGUGUGUAUCCCAACGUGUGUAUGCACAAGGAGAAGAGGAAGGUUCUCACCACGGAGGCUAGAGCAGCUCUGAUUCAUAAAUCCAGUGUAAACUGCUCCAGAGAAGUGGUUCAAUUCCCCAUCCCAUUCUUUGUGUUUAAUGAGAAAAUAAGAACCCGAGCUAUAUCCUGUAAAGGAAUGACGAUGGUUACCCCUCUUCAUCUUGUCCUAUUCGCCUCCAGGAAGAUUGAACUCCUUCCCCAAGGUAUGGUUAGAUUAGACAACUGGAUUACACUGAACAUGGACGCCAGGGCUGCAGCCGCAAUUACCGCCCUGAGACCUAGUCUUGAGGCGUUGGUAAUUCGGUGUGCGGCGGAGCCGGAUACUAUAUCCGAACCAAGCUAUCAGGAGGAUAAAACUAUCCAGGUUAUAAAACAACUCUGUAAACUGAAUGCUGGUCGGCAUGAGAUGGACCAGGUAGGGUUCGGAGGUUUCCAAACAAAGAGGCCUCCGAGGUCUUUCGAGGGUAGAGACGACGACGGUCCUUCUGCCAAACGAGGUCCUGGAUUCAACGCCAUGUUCGGAGGCCGGGGUUACGGAUCCGGAGGUGGAUUCAGAGGAGGCUAUGGAGUUGGUAGAGGAGGAUAUGGUGGGGGAGGCGGUGGUUUUGGAGGAAGGGGCGGAGGAGGGUUUGGUGGUAGAGGAGGCGGUUUCGGAGGAAGAGGUGGCGGUGGAUUUGGAGGGGAUGGAGGAUUUAGAGGACGCGGAGGAGGUGGUGGAUUCGGGUUCAGAGGCAGAGGAGGGUUUUAAAAUACAUAUGUAUGUAAUCUUUCAUUUUAAAAUUCUUGUACAAUUCCGAUGUAAACUCCUUUUUCUUAUGAAAUGUUGCAUUUGUUAAUGAAAAUUUAUUUAGAUCAGUCGAAGAUUUUCUUGAAAUAAAUUUGUAUCACAUU